UCCGGUCAUUUCUGUUUCAACCACGAUUCACGACAUCACGCGUGUCUGCGGUCUCAUAUUUCCACGGUUCAAGGAGUGAAAAAAACUAGAAAAAACCUUCAAAAAUGGGUGAAGCUAAAGCCAAGAAAGCAAAGGAUCCUAUGUCAUUCGCCAAGGAUUUCAUGGCCGGCGGAAUUAGUGCUGCUGUCUCCAAGACUGCUGUAGCUCCAAUUGAACGUGUGAAAUUGCUCUUGCAAGUCCAACACGCGUCAAAGCAAAUCGCAAAGGAAAACCAAUAUAAAGGUAUCAUCGAUUGCUUCGUCCGUAUCCCCAAGGAACAAGGUAUCGGAGCUUUCUGGAGAGGUAACUUGGCCAACGUCAUCCGUUACUUCCCCACACAAGCCUUGAACUUUGCUUUCAAGGAUGUCUACAAACAGAUUUUCUUGGGCGGCGUUGACCAAAAGACGCAAUUCUGGCGCUACUUCUUGGGUAAUCUCGGAUCUGGUGGUGCUGCUGGCGCAACAUCCUUGUGCUUCGUCUACCCCUUGGAUUUCGCUCGUACUCGUUUGGGCGCUGACGUUGGACGUGCCGGAGCUGAACGUCAAUACACCGGUCUCGUUGAUUGCUUGAAGAAGACCUUCAAAUCUGAUGGUAUCGUUGGUUUGUACCGUGGCUUCAACGUAUCCGUACAAGGUAUCAUCAUCUAUCGUGCCGCCUACUUUGGUUGCUUCGAUACUGCCAAGGGUAUGUUGCCCGAUCCCAAGAGCGCUGGCUUCUUCGUUUCAUGGGCUAUUGCUCAAGUUGUCACAACUUUCUCUGGCAUCUUGUCAUAUCCCUUCGAUACCGUAAGAAGACGUAUGAUGAUGCAGUCGGGUCGCGCCAAGUCCGAAAUUAUGUACAAGAACACAUUGGACUGCUGGGUUAAGAUCGCCAAGACCGAGGGCCACACUGCCUUCUUCAAGGGCGCUUUCUCCAACGUUCUCCGUGGUACUGGCGGCGCUCUUGUAUUAGUAUUCUACGAUGAAAUCAAGAAGGUCUUGGGUUAAGUUGUAUUAUCGAUGCAAGCAGUAAACGCAGUUACAUAAGUAAAAAAAAAAACAAAUUCAAAAAAAAAACUCCCGUUAAAAAAAACGCAAAAUGUUAUCAUACAGUAAUUUAUAGAUAAAGUUUAAUGCAAUUGACGAAUUUUAGGACGUUCACGCAAUUAUAGUUUCGGCAUUUAAUCGCAGAAAAAUCUCUUCUACUUUACCACGCAAACACACACACAGGAUCAGACUUCAUUCCUAAAAAAAAGUUUAAAAAAAAAACGAAAAGAGAGAGAUCAAAUUUAUUUUUUUGUUCAUUUACAAACAUUAGAGAAUAAUUAUGUAAUAAAUUCCCCGUAAACUAUAACUAACGAAAAAAAUGUGUAUGUCGAGAACCCCAUCCCUCACACGAGUCAAGAGCUUUUAUUUUUGCAUUUUUUUCUGUUAUCUGUCGUUUAUUUGUUGUUGUCUCAAAGUCACUAACUAACUACUUAGCUUAAGUUACUAUAAUUGCAAUUGAUGAUAGGCAAAAAAAAAGAAAGAAAUGGACAAACAAAAA